AUGUUUAUUGCAUUGGCAGUUGUGUCGCUGCAGACUUUUUUGGAGUUGAAACUUUUUAAGAAGAAAGUUGCUUCAACUAAACCAGUAGAAUCUAUUAUGAAUAAUCGCCGCCCAGUUUUGACUACACAUCCUAUUAAUUUGGACACACCUAUUUUAACAAAAAAANAUUUGAACACACCUAUUUUGACAAAAAAAUCAAUUUUUGAAGAACCGCUCAUAGAAGAUAAAUUUACGGGAACUCCGAUAAUUGAAACCGAAAAAGAGCCCUCAAACACUAAUACCAAACCUUCAUUAAUGAAUAAUGAAAUUGAACACGUCAAAAAACUAAACCUAGAAAUUUUUACGAAAAAUGAAAUUGAAAAAGAUNAACACGUCAAAAAACUAAACCUAGAAAUUGUUACGAAAACUGAAAUUGAAAAAGAGCCCAUUCACACUCCUACAGAGACUUCUGUAAAAACUGAUAAGUCUUUUAACUCAGACUUAAUACAGUCAAAAAACAAUAAUUCAACACAACCAUUUGAAAUAGUAUUUACAACAAAUCAAGAAAACCGCAUCUUAUUAGAAAAUUCACUCAAAUGUAAUAGAAUACAGUCUAAAAAAUUAACCGAAAAUAUUAUAACAUCUAACACUAACAGUGCGUUGCUAAGUAAAAAGAUUGAACUUUUUACUCCAGAAGGCCUGGAAAAAACUAAAGUGAAUGGAAAUUUACGUCGGGAAAAUAAUAACAACAAAAAAUCCGCAACUAGAACUCGGCCUAAUGAUAUUAAAAAACAUUUAUGGGAUAAAAGGUACUUAUUGUUUUCUAAAUUCGACGAAGGAAUCAUGAUGGACAAUGAAUCAUUUUAUUCAGUUUGUCCUGAAAUCUUAAGUACACUCAUAGCAUUGAGAUGNAAUCUUGA